UGACGCCGGCUGUGAGUGCCUGAGAGUCUUUUUGCCUUUCAGAGUUAAGGCCUCUCUGGCCUUGGUGAGUUCCGAGGAGAUGAAGUGGUUUUGGGGUGAAGGACGGGUUUGGCCCGGACGUUAGAGAGGCCUGGCCCGCUCUGCUCGCGUCCGCCGGGGCCGCUAGCGUCCGCUCGGACUGUGGCUCCUCGGGAGGAGUCGGGUUUCUAGUUACAGUGUCCGCAGGGUGUUUUCAUCUGUGCGCUCCUCCCCAAAGGCCUCCAAAGCAGCGUUUGUGAAUUUUUUUCCAGCAGGAAAAUAAUUGCCGCCUUUUGCAUCCACGUUGGCUCCUUCCCCAGGGUCCUCCCGGUUCAGGGACCUGGUGAUUUCUGAGUGUUCCGGAAUCCCAAUAACCCUGUUUAAAGAGGAAUGGAGAUUGCCACUGUCCAUUUAGAUUAAUGAAGUGUCCUGAAGUGAUGGUGACGUCAAUGAAAGGAGGGUUCUGGCACGUUCUCACCUCACAGGAUGGCAGCUGUUGAUUUGUCCCAUGGACAUUACCUUUCUGGGGACCCAGUUUGCCUUCAUGAAGAAAAGACACCAGCAGGAAGAAUAGUGGCUGACUGCCUAACAAAUUGUUAUCAGGAUUCAGUGACCUUUGACGAUGUGGCUGUGGACUUCACCCAGGAGGAGUGGACUUUACUGGACUCAACUCAGAGAAGCCUCUACAGUGAUGUGAUGCUGGAGAACUACAAGAACCUGGCCACAGUGGGAGGUCACAUCAUCAAACCCAGUCUGAUCUCUUGGUUGGAACAAGAAGAGUCAAGGACAGUUAACGGAGGAGUUCUCCAAGGAUGGGAAAUGCAACUUGAAGCCCAGUGGUCCACACUUCAGCAGGACUUUUUGAGGGGUCAGACAUCCAUCGGGAUACAAUUGGAAGGAAAACAUAAUGGAGGGGAACUCUGUGACUGUGAGCAAUGUGGAGAAGUCUUCAGUGAACACUCAUGCCUGAAGACGCACAUGAGAACUCAAAGUACAGGGAACACUCAUGACUGUAAUCAGUAUGGAAAAGAUUUCCUUACCCUGCAUGAGAAAACCUCUACUGGUGAGAAACUUUCUGAGUUUAAUCAGAGUGAAAAAAUCUUCAGCCUGACACCAAAUAUUGUAUACCAGAGAACUAGCACACAAGAAAAGUCAUUUGAAUGUCGUCACUGUGGAAAAUCCUUCAUUAAUGAGUCAUACCUUCAGGCACAUAUGAGAACUCACAAUGGAGAAAAACUCUAUGAAUGGAGGGAUUAUGGGCCAGGUUUUAUUGACUCCACAAGCCUUUCUAUGCUUAUAGAAACCCUCAAUGCAAAAAAGCCUUACAAAUGUAAGGAAUGUGGAAAAGGCUAUAGAUACCCAGCCUACCUCAGUAUUCACAUGCGAACCCACACUGGGGAGAAACCAUAUGAAUGUAAGGAAUGUGGGAAAGCCUUCAAUUAUUCCAAUUCAUUUCAGAUACAUGGAAGAACUCACACUGGAGAGAAACCCUAUGUAUGUAAGGAAUGUGGGAAAGCCUUCACUCAGUACUCGGGCCUUAGUAUGCAUGUACGAUCUCACAGUGGAGACAAGCCCUAUGAAUGUAAGGAAUGUGGGAAAUCCUUCCUUACAUCCUCACGCCUUAUUCAACAUAUAAGAACUCACACUGGAGAGAAGCCUUUUGUGUGUGUUGAAUGUGGGAAAGCCUUUGCAGUUUCCUCAAAUCUUAGUGGACAUUUGAGAACUCACACUGAAGAGAAGGCCUGUGAGUGUAAGAUAUGUGGGAAAGUAUUUGGGUAUCCCUCAUGUCUUAAUAAUCACAUGCGAACACACAGUGCCCAGAAACCAUACACUUGUAAGGAAUGUGGGAAGGCUUUUAACUAUUCCACCCACCUUAAAAUUCACAUGCGAAUCCACACUGGAGAAAAACCCUAUGAGUGUAAACAAUGUGGAAAGGCCUUCAGUCAUUCCAGUUCAUUUCAAAUACAUGAAAGGACUCACACUGGAGAGAAACCCUAUGAAUGUAAGGAGUGUGGGAAAGCCUUCACGUGUUCCAGUUCCUUUAGAAUUCAUGAAAAAACUCACACAGAAGAGAAACCCUAUAAAUGUCAGCAGUGCGGGAAAGCUUACAGUCAUCCCCGUUCACUUCGAAGACAUGAACAAAUUCACUAGUGAGAAACUGUCCAUGUAAUAAAUGUGGGAAAGCUCUCAUUUGUUCCAGUUCACUUCAAAGACAUGAAUGAACUCACUCUGGAGAGGAGAAGCUCCAUGAAAAUUACUUAAUUCCUGUAAUCCCAGCAUUUUGAGAGGCUGAGGUGGGUGGAUCACUUGAGGUCAGGAGAUUGAGACCACCCUGGCCAACAUGGCAAAACCCUGUCUCUACUAAAAAUACAAAAAAUUUAGCCAGGUGUGGUGGUGGGCACCUGUAAUCCCAGCUACUUGGGAGGCUGAGGCAAGUGAAUCACUUGAACCCAGGAAGCAGAGGUUGCAGUGAGCAGAGAUCGUGCCACUGUACUCCAGCCUGGGCGACAGAGUGAGACUCCAUCUCAAAAAAAAAAAAAAAAAUUAUUAAAUUGAGUCUGUUAGGGUACAUCCCUAAUCCGAUAUGAUUGGUGUCCCUAUAAGAAGAGAAAGACACAACUGGGACAACAAAUAGAAGAUGAUGUGAAGUCAUCAGAUGAUGGCCAUCUGCAAGCCAAAGACAGAGGACUGAGACAGAUCCUUCUAUCAAAGCCACCAACCCUGCUGGCACCUUCAUCUUGGGCUUCCAGAACUUUGAGCAAAUAAAAUUCUCUUGUUUGAGCCACCCAGUCUGUGGCAUUUUGUUGUGGUGGCUCUAGCAAGUCAAUACAGUAAGCAAUAAGCAAAAACGUUUAUAGAUUGUCCAAAAGCCUUAAUAUUCACAUGCAAAGCCACACUGGAGAGAAACUAUAUGAAUGUAAGACAUGGGAAAGCCUUCAUUGAGUCUUCAGUCCUUUCUACAUACAGGAGAAAUUAUGUAGGAGAGAAAUUGUAUGAAUGUAAGGCAUAUGAAAAAGCCUGUGAAUGUUCACUAUAUUUUAAUAUUCACAUGCAAGUUGUCUGGUCAUAGAUCGUGUGAAAAUAGAGGGGAAAAAAGGAAAGAAAAUUUCUUUUACUGUGAAAGCAAGGAAUGUGACCCUAUACACCAUAUUGGAACUUGGAGUGGACCAAAACCCCGUUAGGAUUGUGGAAAAGCUUACAUUAAUGUUUUCUACCUUCUAGAAGGCAUAAGAAGUUGAACUGGAGAGAAGCCUUCUACCUGUAAUGCAUGUAGGAAGCCUUACAUUAAUUCCACAGAAUUUUUUUCACACAUGUAAAAUUACCUCAGAACCCUGGGAAGGUAAGGAAUAUGGUAUAGCCUUUAAAUAUUUCACAUGCCAUAAUAUUUACAUGAAUUCUCAUAAUACUGUACUGUUCUUGAGUAGUGUUAGUACCUUAUACUAUCAAAAUAAUCCUAAAUCCUCCCUCUCAGACCUUCCAUCAUUACUAUAUUUCACUUAUAUGCCUAAACACACACACACAAAUUAGCAUAUGUAAUCUAAUACAUUGUAGCUAUUUUUCAGAAGUUAUCUAUUAGAUCAAUUAAGAAUUAGAAAAAUAAACAUUUUUAUUUUACCUUCACUUCUUCCUUCUAUGCUCAAAGUUGGAUGUAAUUCUUAUACUUGAUCCUCAGUACUUAAAGUGCUUCCCCUCCUCUGGCUUCUAUGAAAAUUUUUUGUUAUCUUUGAUAUUCUGUUAUUUUUAAAUGAUAUGCCUAGGUAUAGGUUUUUGGUGCUUGUCCUCUUGGUGUUUGCUUAGCCUCCUGGAUUUGUGUUUUGGUGUCUGAGUUAAUUUUGAGAAAUUCUGUCAUUGUUUCAAAUAUUUCUUUCCCUUUUUUUCCUUUCCAUCUGGUAUUUCCUUUAUAUGUAGGAUACAUCUUUUGUAGGUAUCCCACAGUUCUUAUAUCUUGUUUUUUUAUUCUUACUUCUCUUUGCUUUUCAGUUGUGGAUGUUUCUGCUGAUAUAGUCUCAAGCUCUUUAGUUGGCUGUUUCUUGGCCAAUAAUAAUCUUACCAAAGACAUUCUUCAUUUCUGUUACACUGUCUUCAAUCUCUAGCAUUUCUUUGUGGUUCUUAGAAUUUCCAUCUCUGUAUUUACACUGCCUGUCUGUUCUUGGAUGCUGUCUGCUUUAUCCAGUAGAACCCAUGGCAUAUCAAUCAUAAUUGUUUUAAAUUCCCAGUCUGAUAAUUUCGGCAAUCCUGCUAUA